AUGAGUUUGGAUUCAUCAGAACGGGCUUCCAACCGCCGAAGUUCCUCACAAACAAAACAGGGCCGUCAGCCACUUCCACCUCAUGCCCAGGAGAGAGACGGAGUUCUGACGAUUCCUCGUACUGCCAAAUCUGACGAGGGUCAUUAUGUCUGUACUGCUUUCGAUCCUGAGACCAGAACCCCAACAGACGCUCCUCCUGCACACAUUGCCGUUCGGCCAGCGAAGCUUCAGCCGCAAGUCGAUCCCAUCGAGCAGUCAAUUCCUGAGGGUUCUCCAUUCCGCAUUCGUUGUUGGGUACCCGGAAACCCCAAUGUACACCUUUCGUGGAGAAAGACUCAAGGAGAAAUCAACGAGGAUUCCGUCCAAGAUCGAGGCAUUUUGACUGUCAAUCGCGCUCAACUCUCCGACGAAGGCGACUAUAUCUGUUCGGCUGAAGAUCCACGAACAGGAGAAGAGGCAGAGGCUCCCCCAGCCACUGUACAUGUCACGCCACGAGCAAGACCACCUGAUGUCGGUGAUGUUGAGCGAGGACCACAAAUAACUCCACCUGAGCAGAGGGUACCUGAAGGCGAUCCGGCAAGUAUCCGUUGUUGGGUCGAAGGCGAUCCGCAAGCCCGUCUCUCUUUCAAGCGUGCAGAUGGUGCACCAAUACCGUUCGGUGCUACUGAUCUGGACGGAGUUUUGGCCAUCAGCAGCACGCUGAAGAGCGAUGAAGGCGAUUACAUCUCUGGUGAACCACCUCGUCCGGUGGCCACCCCACCUGUUCUGACCGUGAAACGAGGCCAACCUGCACAAUUCCACUGUGAUGCCAAUUCGCCGACGCCUGCUCAAAUCAAAUGGGGUCACGGUGAUGCCGAUUCUGACCUGCCUGAAGGUGUCAGUCACGUCGUCGACGACAUCGUGAUUGACAUCGCCGACGAUAGCCAUGAAGGCGAAUAUGUCUGCUCAGCAACCAACGAAUUUGGCACAGGAGUCGCGGAACCCGUUCAACUUGUCGUCACUGACGAUGAACACGCGUCCAACGCGAGAGUAGAACCAAGGGUCUGGAACGGAAAGCCUGGAGACAAGCACCAGUUCAAGUGCCACGUUACGGGAGUUCCUACUCCAAAGGCUUCUGACUAUGGCUCAGUCAAUAAUGUGGACCUUCACUACCCGGUUAAAACCUACUCCCGCUGCCGUCCACGGACUCAUCCUACAGGGGGGAAGGCUGUAGGACCCUGGACAGGAGGUGGAGACCUUCCCGACGACUACAAACCCGUCACGAUCUCAGAACAGUUCAUUCGACAUCCUGCCAUUGGACUCGGCAACGCUGGCGCUUACACGUGCAAGGGAUCUAAUAGUCACGCUACCGCCACAAAGAACAUUUACGUCGAGGGUGGACGACCAGCUUCCGACCGACGUAGAGGAGCACAACGAACCCGGACCUCUGCACUUCCUACUCUUCAAAGUGAUCCACCACUGAUGGACACGAGAACGAAGUCAAAGCGUAACAAAGUUUUACUGACUAAAGAGACAUCGGCGGUCGAGAUCGAGCCGCCUCGUGUGCGAAUUGUAUCGCAAGGAGAGUCCAUCGUGCUCAAGUGUGGUGUCGAAGAUCCAAAAUCGCGUGUAAUUUGGUGGCGUACUGAAAAUCUCAUUGAUGCCUUAAUGGUCGGAUCAACACAAUUCCUUCAUCUACACAGUGUUGAUGUGUGUGAACGUGGAAUCUACUAUUGCACCGAUGAAUCCACUAACUACGGCUAUCCUCAUUCGGUUAACACUCUCGUCGUUCUCCAGCACUCACUACUCGGUGCUAAGAAUGGUGCACACUUCGAAUGGGCACUAUUACGAGGAGGAAACAUCGUACGAAAACUUGGCAAUGAAGCAACACUUCACAUAAAAGGCGCCGAUCCAUCGAACGAUUACGGAGUGUACAGAUGUAACGUCGAAGACGAUAAUGGCGUCGUCAUUGGAAGCGCCUAUACCGCCGUCAGCGUCGGCUACAGUGGACAGAGCAGUGGGCUAUAG